UAACUUUGUACGAGAACAUCACAACGUAAAACUGUAAAAUCUUCAGAAAUUUCUAUUUCUUGUUUUAUUUUUCUACCAACAAAAUGAGUCAAUUAGUUGGAAAGGCCAAGGCUCUAGUCGAUAAAAUGAUUGUGGCAGCACGUCCGCAGCUGGAGGAAUUCUGGAAGUAUGCCAAAGUAGAGCUAACACCGCCGAUGCCAGCUGAUUUCAAGAAUCUAAAGAAGACCGCCGAGCAAGCCAAGGAUAUGAAGGGCCAGCUUAAGAAGUCUGGACUUACCCAGGUCACCAUCAGUGAGGCCUGGCUAAAUGUUCUGGUUACUGUGGAGGUGAUUACCUGGUUCUACAUGGGCGAGGUCAUCGGUCGCCGUCACUUCGUCGGCUACAAGGUCUAAGCUAAACUGAUCUAAUAUUUUCCUUAUUGUUUUUCGUUGCAUAUAUGUAUGUAAAUACCACUUUGCAUAUGUAUCCGUUCAGUGGCCAGGUGCACUGAAUAAAGGUGCACUAUCAGCAUUACAA